AUGCGAAUCUUUGAAGUUCCGAACCCACCUUUGAUGGGUUCCUUGCUGGGUGCUAAGAUUAUCGGUUCCAGCAACGGCCUCGUCUGUGUUGAAAUCGAUAGGUAUGGUGUUUCUUCUCCUUCCCUUUUACUGUGGAAUCCAUCGACUAGAGAGGUCAGACCGUUGUCAGUAGCUAUGCAUGGUUCUGAUGGUGAUUGCGCUUUAGGAUUUGGAUUCUCUCCUAUUGUUAAUGAUUACAAGAUAGUCAGAACUUAUGCUGCGUAUGAAAACGCUGUUGAGCGAGUGGAAGUGUAUUCAUUAAACACUGGGUCAUGGAAAGAAAUAGAAUUUAGGAACUUAGAGGGUGUGCGAGUUUAUUCUGACUUUAUCAAUGUUGUCACUGUUAAUGGAGCUGUGUUUUUUCAUGGUGCAAAUGGCAUAGAUGAAAAUGCUGAGGAUAUUGAUAGUUUUUUAGUUUCCUUUGACAUAGCAACGGAAGUGUUCACCGUGAUGCCAUGGCCUGAUUUAGGCUAUAAUUCGACUGCCAACCUCACUGAGCAUGACAACAAACUAGCUAUCGUUUGUCUCACUGCGAAUCGAAGAAUCUUCCAAGUUGAGUUGUGGGUGAUGGAGGAGGUAACCAGUGCAUCAGGGAAGAAGUCGAAUUGGACCAAGAAAUAUAGGAGCAAAUCCUAUCCAUACUUUUUAAUGCCAGUGACCAUGUGGGGGAAUGAAAUUAUUUGCUCUGUUGAUGUAACUGAAAGAGAUGAGUGGGAGGAUGAUAAACCAAAAGCUGUUAUAUGUCUGUUCAAUGUCUGUACUAAUGAAUCUAAGUUCUUGACAAUCCACAGGGGCAGUCGUUUUCGUAAUAUUUUCAAUUAUGUGGAAAGCCUUGUGCCGGUUGGCAACAUCCACAUUGAAGAGCCUAGGCCCCAGUCCUAA